GUGACUUCUGAUUUUGUCCCCCCCAGUCCAACACUGGCACCUCCACGUAAUGCCAAUGUACUGUGGUAACACAUGUGGCACGUCUCCGUGUAAGGGACUGACAUCCCGAUGCACCUCUGCCUCUGUAAAACAUUCAAAUCCAGCAACCUCCCUUCUCUCUGUCUCAAACAAAUCCAAAACCCGCACCACUCUCUCUCUCUCUCUCUCUCUCCCUCUCCCUGUGUAAAAGACACUCACACCCCCACCUCCUAAUGUGGUACAGUCAGAUCCCCACCUACCCACCCCCCGUUGGGGAUGCGCUGUCGGGCAAUGGGAGCAGAGGCGGUGAAAAGCCGGGGGUGGGGUGUUAUUACUGGAAUCGAAUUAUGUCACCACCGACACGUCGCUGUUUAAAACGGGAAUCUGGGUUAGGGAAUCGGAAAGAAUUUCCCAAAUCCGACAGGGAAUUCUUUCCACUCUGUAAGAGCCCGGGGAGAGGGCAACAACAGAAAAGGACGGGUUCUGUGUGAUGCAGAGUGAGAUGUGAAGCACUUUCCUAUCGCAGACUCUCUCUGUUUACCCGCGAGUUCAGGGAGUGGCGAUGGAAGGUGGAACCAGCAGCACUGGCCGCCCCUCGGCCCCCGGCAAAGAGGAUUCCCUCCUGGACAAGGAUAGACCUGAGGCCGAGUACAUCAACUCCAAAUGUGUUCUCUUCACCUAUUUUAACGGGGAUAUCAGCAGCACGGUGGAUGAGCACUUUACCAGAGCACUGAGCAACUACAGCCCUGAGAGCAGGAGUUACAAACCCAGGAAAAGCACUGCAGGGUCAUCAGAGGGCACUUCUCUGACUCAGCGCAAUUUCCCGGCAUCUUUUUGGGACAGUAAUUACCAGGUGCCAGCCCCUUGUCCAGCCCCAGCAGCGAGUAGCAGCAGCAGCAGCAGCAGCAUUGACUCACCCCCCGCUGAGCUCCAUUUCAGUCCCACAGAGCCUUACCCGGGUCCCCUACACCCUCACCUAGCCCAGCCACCGGAGCAUUGGCACUACCCGCUGGGUGCCUCCCUCAGCCCACAGGGUGCAGCGUACCAUCACCCCAGGACUAUCCGUGAACUCUACCCAGUCAACCCCAACCUGGACCCCCGCUACAGCUCCCUGCUGGUGCCAACACUACGCUCUAGCCGACUGCAGCCAGCCAUUUCCGGCCAAGAGACAAGCUCCCCAUGGACAGGGGUCUUCCCCACCGCCGAAGUGACACAAACUUUAAACUUAAACGUGGAAGCAGGUCUUCAGAACCACGACAGAGCUAAGGAUGUGUUCUGGUUUUAGACAUGUGUGGCCACCGGGGUUAAGUGUACUGGCUGUAAUUAUGUACUGUGAUCUCGGUUACAGCUCAACCCUGCUGUCUUCCUGGAGGACUCCUCUUCAGCUGAUUUCUGCAAGACUUUGGGGAUGACUUAGA